AUGUCCCUCAGCUUCAGCGCGCACACGACCCGCGCGCUCCUCUCCGUCGUCGCGCCCUUCGCGCCCCUCCCCCCGGCCUACCUCGCCCUCCCCGUCGUCGAGCCCCGGCGCCCGUCUGCGAGUUCGUUCGGGCCCGCCCCGAUCGCCGUGCAGCCCCGGGCCCCGCGGGCGACUAGGACGCGCGCCGACGAGGGGUGGGAGGAGAUCGAGCUGCGCCCCGUGGGCGACGCACGCAAGGGCGCGCGCGCGCAGGCAUGCUCGGCGGGCGGCGGAGGCCCGGACAAGGGCACGACGCCCGUCCUGCUCGACGCGACUACGUCCGGCUUCUCCGCGCGGCCCGCGCAACAUGCGUCCGCGGCGCGUCCCCGCUUUGCCCGCGCGAAGCCCGCGGCGGGCGCGCACACGCGAGACGCGCCGCCGAGCGCGCGUGCGGCGGAGGCGGUGAAGACCGCGCGGACGGCGAUCCUCUCGCGGGCGCGCCGCGCGCUCAACGCUGUGCUCCCCGCGCUGGGCGUGCAGACCCGGGGCGGGUACGCCCGUCUGCGGGGGCGGAACUAG